AUGUACACCGACGAAAAUUCAGAUAAGGAAUGUGAAUUUGACGAAAUUAGUCCUGAAGACAGUCCGAAUGUUACUAAGAAAUCAUUAUCAACUGUUGGCUUUAGAAAUACUAUGGAGAGCCAAGCGCGGCCGAUGGCUCUGAGAGCCACUCAAUCUUUCACUGGAGCAGUGGAGGAGUUGCGGCUUGGCUCAAAUUUCCAGCGAGUGCACCUUACAAAUAGAGGAAAUGUUACGCCCAUCACUAAGUCUACACCUGUAUGCCCUUGUGGAUGCCUUUUACGGCCAGCUGUAACAGGCCCUUUCCGGACUAGAGAAAAAAAUACCCUAGCACUUCUCGUUGUUGCGCCGGAAGUUCUAAACCAUCAUGGCUACAAUUUCGAACCCAAUCAAAUCGCAAUGUUCUGGAAGAAAGAUUGCAGGAAAUUUCUUUGGAAAGGGAAAUCAAAAACAUUGACUUUUUAA